GAGGGGAUUGAGGGCCCUGCUCCUUGGAGCUUACAAUCUAGGAGGGAGGGGGUGGUGGCACAGGAGGAGAUAGCUGUGGGGGAUGGAGUGGGUAGGAAGAGUGGAGGAGCCAGUGGAGGGAUUGGCAGAGGGGAGUGGAGGACACUGAGUGGAGGCCAGUGGAGGGAUUGGCAGAGGGGGGUGGAGGUCACUGAAUGGAGGUCAGUGGAGGGAUUGGCAGAGGGGGGUGGAGGACACUGAGUGGAGGGAUUGGCAGAGGGGGGUGGAGGACACUGAAUGGAGGCCAGUGGAGGGAUUGGCAGAGGGGGGUGGAGGACACUGAAUGGAGGCCAGUGGAGGGAUUGGCAGAGGGGGGUGGAGGACACUGAAUGGAGGCCAGUGGAGGGAUUGGCAGAGGGGGGUGGAGGAC